AUGUGCAUCUCGGUCAGCCUGAGUGGCUUCGUGGUGCUGGGCUGUAUGUUCGCUCCCAAAGUGCACAUCAUCCUGUUCAAGCCGCAGAACAACGUGACCAGCCACAGACUCAACCUGAACCGCUACAGCGUGAGCGGAGCGGCCACCACCUACGCCUCGCACGCUUCCGUGAGCGCACACUUCGUCCCAGCGGUGUGCAAUGGCCGCGAGAUUGUCGACUCCACCACGUCAUCGCUGUGA